ACAAACCCAGAAAUAUCUUCUUCCUCUUCUUCUUCUUUCUUCGGUUUUUUGUUCUUUUUCACCGCGUUUUUAUUUGGAGUUCUUUUGAGCUCUGAAAUUGAUAAUGGGUUUCGUUGAUUUUUCUUCUCCUAAAGCAUUGAACUUUUUUUAUCCGGUUUCCGUCUUCAUGCUUUGAAUUUGUUUAUGCAUUUUUAAAGAAUGAUUUGCUUUGUAAGAUCUGUUAAGGUGAUAGUGGGUUUCCAGUUUCCCUGUCUGGAUUUUCUUUUUUGUUUGUGGGCAUUAUAUUUAUAUUAGACUGUCUGGAUGUAGUUUUUUUUUUUUUUUUUUUUGGGAGUAAAUGUUAUUCUUUUCUAGUUCAGUAAUUCCUGUUUCUGCACCUGCAAGUUUUCGUGUACGGUUUGAACGUAUGAAAUUCCCAAUUUGGUCCUUGUUUUCCGGUAUUCCUGAAUUUCAGAUAAUAGCCGCUUGGGUUAUUUAAUGAGUCUUUUGUUUCUUUUAAGGUUUUUUCUUUUUUUCGCAACAUUUUGGACCAUCUCUUUUAAAUUUUUGCCUUUUCGAUUUUUCCAAGUUUUUUUAAAAUUUUCAUGAAAGAUUAAUAAUGCUGUCUGUGAAGCAGUACCCCCUCAUGGCCUCAUCUUCUCUGCAUCAUUUGACUGAGUUUUUCUUUUAGGUCUUUGAGAUUCUUUUUUGGGGUUCUGAGCUUUAGGUGGGUAUUUUCUGGGUACAUUAAAAAGGUUCCCUUUUACGGAAAUGGGAUCUGCUUUUUCACAUCUCAUCAUAAAUACCAAUAACAACUAAAUAAUAAUAAUAAUAAUAAUACUGGUAAUAACUCUUGGUGAUAUCUGAUCCUCCUCUAAAAAGAACCACCCAUAGAGGUCAUGAUUCCUAGCACAGACCUUGUCUUAUGUGCAGAAAUGCCUUACAAAAAAAAGCCAAAACUUCUCAUGUUUUGUCUGGGUUUGUGGUUUGUGCAACUGUGCAAGGCAUGUGCAAGACUGGUUUUGAUUUGAUAGAAUUCUGAUUCUUUAUAAAGAAUGGAGGGUGACACAUUCUCAGGACUUGGUAAUGGCACCCAGAUCGAUAGCAAGGUCUUGCAUACAUUUCAGAAGAACUUUGUUCAAGUCCAGCACAUCUUGGAUCAGAACAGGCUGCUCAUCAAUGAGAUAAACCAGAAUCAUGAGUCCAAGAUCCCUGACAACCUCAGCAGGAAUGUAGGUCUGAUCAGGGAGCUCAACAGCAAUAUCAGGAGGGUCGUUGACCUCUAUGCAGACCUCUCUACCUCCUUUACCAAAUCCGUGGAGGCUUCCUCUGAGGGGGACUCCAGUGGGGCUUUGAGAUCAGAUGGCAAAGCUGGGCACAAGCGAAAUAGGCCUGCAUAGAGAAUUCCUUAUCAAAAUUCUUUUGCAUGGUGGAAAACAAGAAUUUCACAAUUUGUGUUAAGGUGGUAGAGCAUGAUUAGAUUCUGGAACUCUUGUGUCAGUGAACCUGUCCCCGGUUCUUCACUUACAUUUCUUAUAAAAAAAUAAUUUCCUGGAAGUUCUACUUCUCCUCAUUGUAACUCAGUUUAGCUCUGGAUCUAAUUGAAAAGUACCAAGCAUGUUUGUAUCGUCUACUUUCUUAUUCUGCUGCUGUUCUUGAUAAUUAGUAAUAUAGCUAGUUUUGUUUUUUGGGUUCAA